CCAUCAACAAAGCUUCAUCAACACACGCCGAAAAUGAAGCUCACCAUUGGGCUCAGUGUAGCCCUCGCCAGCUUUGCCGCUGCAGCUCAGCAGACCGCCGAGCAGGCCGCCCGUGUCUACAUCCUACGCGGUUCGCAUCCCGUGGAGCCAACUACGAGUCUCACCCCCAGCGAAGCCCGUCUUAUCCUGCAGCAACGACUCGCUCCCGAGGGCGACGGUCCAUCAUUUCGCGACAUCCCCGCCAGCGCCGAUAAGGAGCGAAUUGUCUCUUUGGUUAACAAAUACGGCAAGGCCUCCGCGCCAUUGUUUACAAAGGAGCAGAAUGCGACGCCCCAGCAGCUUGUUGUUGUGGUUGAGGGAAUGCCAAUCUUCGAGUACGAAUCGUUCUUUGGCUGGAUCUUCCACACCGAGCCCGACUUUACAGUUUCGAGAAGCCAGGAGAAGAUUGAGCAGAACAACUUUUAUGACCUCUCCAUCGCCAAGAAGCAUGGUUGCCCCCUGAGCAAGGUCGUCAGCAAGGAGGGAAGCUGCUGGAAUGAGCAGUCGACUGUCGCUACCUACGACAGGUCUCAGGAUGCCGACCACCCGGUUACCUUCCUGGGUGAGCUCCCCAAGCUCCAGAAGCUUGCUGAGUCCGGCGAGAUGGAGACCACCUUGGUUUUCCUUCCCCAGGGCUCAGAUGCGACGGAAUCCGAAGAACAACAGGAGCUGCGACGCCGACAGGCCGAGACUGUUAUGACCUCGGUGGAGGAUGCUGUCGAGUCGGCUGCCGAAACCUCGUCGGUUGCUGAGAACCCCAUCUUCUCCUCAAUUCCCUCCAUUGUGCCCUCCUGCUUCACGUCUGAGGACAGCUGCAUCCAGGGCACUGCCAACUGCUCUGGCCAUGGCUUCUGCCAGAACAGAUACGCCAAGCGAGAUGGUUCUUCUGAUGGCAAGGAUGCUUGCUUCAGCUGCCACUGCCUAGGCACAGUUAGCGAGAGCGGCAGCGUUACCCACUGGGCUGGCGGCGCAUGCUCCAAGAAGGACAUCAGUGUCCAGUUCUGGCUCUUUGCUGGCUUCACCAUCUCUAUGGUCGUUAUUCUGUACCUGGCUAUCGGCAUGCUGUUCAGCGUUGGUGAGGAGAAGCUUCCCGGUGUGAUUGGAGCUGGUGUGUCCAAGUCCAAGUAA